GUUCCAUUACUUGUUAAAUAUGCAACGCCUAUUGACCUGCCUGCUGCUUGCUGUCAUUGUGCAAGGAACGGUAGCUUUCGGGUGGAACCCUGUCCGGGUUAAGGAUCCUAACGACCCCAAUUUCGUGAGACGUGUCAUUGGCGGCAUUAUGACAAGCAAUGCGGAGCUUGGGGGCUACAUUGUGGCGAUGCGCUACUAUGACAUGUUCGCCUGCGGCGGCACACUGAUCCAGGAGACGAUAGUGCUAACAGCAGCCCAUUGCUUCGUUAACCGGGAGAAGAAGGAUCAAUGGGACUUUAUUGGCGGCAUCUCCAAUCUUAACGAAAUGGCAGAGCGACACAAAAUGAAGGAUAUGAUUAUUUCGCCAGAUUUUCGCCCCGAAGAUUUGUACUCUGACGUCGCCAUCGUGCUAUUGAAAAAGCCAUUGGUGGGCAGAAAUAUAGGCACAGUUUCGCUGUGCACCACGGAGCUAAAGCCGGGCAUGCCGGUGGUUGUCUCCGGAUGGGGCCUCACCAGAGAAGGCGCCAAACAAGAGAAUUACCUACGAACCGUCACAGUGCCAGUUAUCGAUUGGGAACAAUGUCGGUCGAGCUACAACAGAACAGAAGUCAUUUUAUCACACACCAUGAUCUGCGCCGGAGUUCGUGGGAGUAAGGAUGCUUGUCUUUAUGACUCUGGUGGUCCAUUGGUUUACAACAAGGAAAUCUGCGGCAUAGUGUCCUUUGGCAUCGGAUGUGCCCAUAAAAAUUAUCCUGGAGUCUACACCGAUGUCAGAGUUAUGAAGCCAUUCAUUGAGGAGAGCAUUGAGCGGUUGCUGAGUCUUAAAUAUUUAGCAAGAAAAUAAAUUGUUAAAUCGCUGGCACUCGUGCCAUUUUCCGCUUAAU